AAACAGGAACUAGAUCUUAUCUGGGUGUUUCUCCAAAUCAAGUUUGGAGAUCUAGUUCUCAUUUCUCAAGCGGAUGAAGUUGAAACCUACCACUCAAUUAUUAUAUUGUCUUUGAGUUUUCGAGAGGCUCGGCAUACUUGGCUCAAAAGAAAGAGAACAAGAAGUUGUGCGUUCUGUUCUCAAUCUGCAAUAUGAGUAGCCUUUUAUACAGUCCACAGUUCAAAUCUUCAGAGGCAGAGUUGAGGAAGAGCCACACUGAAUUCUUGGAUUCAUCAAAUGGUUUCCAGCAACAACAGUCACAGCAGCAGCAGAGCUCUGGCCUAAUGCGGUAUCGGUCUGCUCCGAGCUCAGUCUUACUGGACCUUGUGGACAACAAUGGUGGUGCUGGAUGUGAGGAUUUUCGAGAUUUUCGAUAUCCUCGACCUUCCAGCCCCGAAGUGGAAACCGUCUUGGCAAGGUUCAUUUCCUCAUGUAAUGCACCUGAUGGUGACAAUGGUUCCAAUCAUAGUGCGCAUAAUUUGUUCCAAGAAAGGCCUGUGAAGCAAGAAGCAGGGGACUCUGUUUCGAAACAGAAUGGUUACUCAAAUUCUCCUCAGAUGAUGUACCAGACUCAACAAGUUCAUCCUUUGGAUAAUGCCUCCUCCUUUGGUGCGUUCAAAUCUACCGGCUUGGAGAACUCGAUGCAAUCAAAAAUGGGUGCUGCAAAUCGCUCCAAUCUUGUUAGGCAAAGUAGCUCUCCAGCUGGAUUCUUCCCCAACUUAAACGUUGACAAUGGCUUCAAUCUGAUGAAAGAUGCUUCAAGUUUUGGAGUAAGCAAUGGUACAAAUGGAGAAGCUAGUCCAUCAACUUCUAGGUUGAGUACCCAAUUCAGUUUCUCCUCUGCAUCACCUCCAUACUCAACAGAGUCCAGACGUUUGCCUCGAAUUGCUGAAAUUGGGAAUGGAAACAUAGGAGAGGGUAGUGAACCAGAUCAAAGCUUAGGGAAUGCCGCUAAUGGUGGCAGUUCACAUUACAUACCUGACUAUAUAGAUAAUACUUGGGACAAUGUUGCAUUUCAUGAUCUCAAAAGAGGCAGAGAUAAUGAUGGGAACAAGUUUUCUACGACUGCAAUGGACACUCAGAUCGUGGAUUUCGGACACCGCAGUCAUGGUCUUACUCAUCAUUUGAGCUUGCCUAAACAUUUUGAGAUGCCUGGUAUGGAGAAGCUUUUACAUUUUCAAGAUUCCGUUCCAUGUAAAAUUCGUGCGAAAAGAGGCUUCGCAACUCACCCAAGAAGCAUUGCAGAGAGGAUGAGAAGAACUCGGAUCAGUGAAAGAAUGAGGAAGCUGCAGGAUCUUUUCCCAAACAUGGACAAGCAAACGAACACGGCAGAAAUGUUGGAGUUGGCAGUUGAGUACAUUAAAGACCUGCAGAAAGAGGUGAAGACGCUCAAGGAUACAAAGGCCAAGUGCAGUUGUUCAAGUAAACAUAAACACAAUUGA